GUUUAAAAAAAAAUGUCAAAAAAUGACAUCUUCAAAGUCAAAGUUUUCUUAAUAUUUUCAACCCGAGUUUGAAUCUGCCUGAAUUAUUCCCAAGUAGGUACCUAAACCUAAUAUAUCUAAGGACAACUUACCAUUCUGAGUAGGUAAAUCUACACCAUAGCUCUGAUAAAAAUAGUCGCAACUCAACCGCAGGUAUAUAGGAAAAGCUUAAAAUGAUGAAUUUUGAAGGGUUACAGUGAACAAUGUAAUUUCCAUGAACUAAUUAACAUAAAAUUGCCUCAAAGACGUUUACUUUAGGUGAGGGCAGAAUUUAUUGGAAACCACGUUUUAGUUUUUAAAGUUCUGUUUCCUAGUUUGGUUGUAUCCUUGUGGUUGAAAUCAUUUGUUGCUUAAAUGGUGCCUGAAGUUAUCAUGUUAAUUAGAAGAAAAACCGAAAUGAAUUUGCACGACGACGGUCUGUUUGGUAGCCCCAUACAAAAUCGAAAGCUCAUUGGUACGAGUUACGCACAAAGACUGAAUUCUCUUAGCCUGAGCCGUACCAAUCGGACAUCUACUAGCAGCCGUAGAAUUUCGACUCCAAAUUGUAGAAGAAAAGAGUUGUUUGAUGAAGAUAGGAGUAAUUUAGAAUAUCAGAGGUUUUGUGAAGGGCUGGAAAAACCCUUGGCGAUUGCACUGGUAUUGAAUAAGGGCAAGAAGAUGUCGGUGGGAAAGGAUGAAAGUGUUAUUUCUGGUCAUUUACGAGUAACCAAAGAAGACCUAGACAUCCUCAAUCAACCGAUAAUGAGGGACGACAUCAAGCAAACCAUAUCGGAGAGAAUUUUUGGUCUGCUCAACGGUAGUUACAUGAAACUUGUUAGGAAAACUAGUAAGAUUUUCAAAAGAAACGAUGCCAGCAAUUUGGAUUGUUCGAACGCCAACGAUCCAGAUUGUCCUUGUAAGAAUCGGAAUUUCCUGGAUUUACGAACUAGGAAAAGUCCGUGUCCUGCGAAUAAUGCUAACAUUAUCAUAAUAUAAGUUUAUUUAGGAAGCUUAAAUUUCGAUAAUAAUUGAUAAAAUAGCUGUAUAAUUUAUUUAUUAUUGAGAAAAUUUUAACUUGAUUGGUGUAUGUUUUGUGUAGGGACUUUUGUUAACUUUUUUAAUAUAAACUCAAAAGUUUUAAGUAUGAUGUAUACUUAUUGAUUUCUAUACCUAUGUAAAUCCUUUUUUUUCAAGUUUCAAAGUCAAGUACGAACCCUGGUGAAACGAACCUUACCUACCUAUUUUUGGAAAUU